AUGGCCGCCAUUCAUCCGCACGUCCAGGGCCCCCAAGAUCCCUACCGGCUCCCGCCCCCGCCAGGUGCUUACCGCCCUCCGGACAUGUAUGCACAACAACCCCCGCCGCCUACUGUCGUCUAUCAAGCUGCGGCCCCCCGCCAGCGCACUGCCAUUGCCUGUCGCUACUGUCGGAGACGGAAGAUUCGGUGCUCGGGGUUUGAGAACUCGCAGGAUGGCCGUUGCAACAACUGUAUCCGCUUCAACCAAGAGUGCAUGUUCACCCCGGUCUCCUCGCAAGCGCAAGCCUUCGUGCCCGCCCAUGCCGCGUAUCCCCACUUGAGGAAUGCUCAGAACCAAGGUCGUCCCGGCGCUGGAGUCAUGCUGUACGGUGCCCACGGCCAGCCUCUUCCUCCGCAACAACAACCCCAGCCUCCCGAGUCGACUCUCCCUCCGCCGCAAGGAAUGUACCAGCAUCCAUAUGGAGCUGCACCCCCACCCCUUGCCUCUGUGCCUCAGGAGCCGCGACCCAUUGGCCGCCGCGGUUCCAGCUCCGGCUUCGAAUACCCGGAUCCUACCAACCUUGCUCCCGUUACUCCCGCCACUUCGACCCCGGGCUACCAGCCACACCCUGCUCCUAGCCCAUACUACCCUCCUCCGCCCCCGAACGACCGACGCCCUUCCCCGCAGGGUUACCCUUACGACAGCCGUCAUUCGGCCUCUCCACAUAGCUCCCCCUACCCCCCAUUGCACCCAGCCCAGGGCGCCAUGACCCCCCCACCUACUUCAACACCUACCAGUUCCUCCCGCGCAGGACUGAACGUCCGUGAUAUGCUCAAUCCAGGCGAUAGCCAGGGUCGCUCCAGCACUGACAGCGACAUGCUCAACGCUUUGAACCGACGCGGGUUGAACCAAUAA